CCCGGGCAGGUGUGGAGCAGUCAAGGCCGCGGCCGGCUCGGGGCGGAUAGGGCACGGGGCGGGUUGCAGUUCGGCAGGGCAGCUGCGGCCCGGAAGGUCGCCUCUCCACGCACAGCCGUGGUCCCAGGCUUGCUGGAGCUUGAAGAUGCUGAAAGAGCGCCUGGAGAUGGCAGAAGAUCCUCAGCAGCAGAUGGGUGCUCCAGUGGUGAAACUGGAGAAGGAGCUGCCAUGGGGCCGGGGAGGGGAGGACUCCAGUCCUGAGGCAUUCCGACUGAGGUUUCGGCAGUUCCGCUACCAAGAGGCUGCUGGUCCCCAGGAAGCCCUCAGGGAGCUCCAAGAGCUCUGUCGGCGGUGGCUGCAGCCAGAACUGCACAGCAAGGAGCAGAUCCUGGAGCUGCUGGUGCUGGAGCAGUUCCUCACCAUCUUGCCCCGAGAGCUCUACACCUGGAUCCGAGAGCACAGCCCAGACAGCGGCAAGGCUUUGGUGGCCAUGGUGGAGGACCUCAUGGAGAGCACACCGGAGGCCAAGGCGGUUCCAUGCCAUGCCCAGGGAGAACAGCUGGUCGCAGCCCUUGGUGGAGGAUCUUGGCAAUCAGGCAUCCACUUGGGGCCAGUAGAAGUCAAGCCUGAGUGGGGGAUGCUGCAGGGGGAAGGAGUUCAAAGCCUGGGCCCAAGCACUGCAGAACAGCUGAGCCAGGGCCCUGGAGAUGGGACACAGGCCUUCCAGGAGCAAGCACUACCCAUUCUUCAUGCGGGUCCAGGUCUUCCCUCUGUGAGCACCAGAGACCAAGAAAUUGCUGUUGGGUUCCUUGCAGCAACAUCCCAGGGUCUGGGGCCUUUUAAAGACAUGGCUCUGGCUUUUCCUGAAGAGGAAUGGAGACACGUGGCCCCAGCUCAGAUUGACUGCUUCGGGGAAUAUGUGGAAUCACAAGACUGUGGGAUCCUUCCAGGUGCUGGGAACAAGGAGAAGGAGGCCAAACCCCAGCAGGAAGAUCUGAAAAGAGCAUUUGUUGGGUUGACUUCCGAUGGGUUUGGAGAAACUGCCAUCCAGGUUCCUGGACCAGGGGGUGCCUGUGAGCAGGAGCCUGGGGGAUCUGGAGCCAAUUUACCUGGGCUCCCUGCUCCUCAGCAUGGGGUCCCCCUGCCAGACACCCUUAACACCCACAAUUCUUUCUGGAAACCUUUCCAGUGCCCUGAGUGUGGAAAAGGCUUUAGUCGCAGCUCCAAUCUUGUCAGACACCAGCGAACACAUGAAGAGGAGAAGUCCUUUGGCUGUGUGGAGUGCGGGAAAGGUUUCACCCUGAGGGAGUACCUCACCAAACAUCAGAGGACCCACCUGGGCAAGAGGCCCUAUGUGUGUGGUGAGUGCUGGAAGACCUUCAGCCAGAGGCAUCACCUGGAGGUGCACCAGCGCAGCCACACAGGGGAGAAACCCUAUAAGUGUGCAGACUGCUGGAAGGGUUUCAGCCGGAGGCAGCACCUGCUGGUGCAUCGCAGGACACACACUGGGGAGAAGCCCUACACCUGCGAGUGUGGCAAGAGCUUCAGCAGGAAUGCCAACCUUGCGGUGCACCGACGUGCACACACUGGAGAGAAGCCCUAUGGCUGCCAGGUAUGCGGCAAGCGCUUCAGCAAGGGGGAACGGCUGGUGCGGCAUCAGAGGAUCCACACGGGCGAGAAGCCCUACCACUGCCCCGCCUGCGGCCGCAGCUUCAACCAGAGGUCCAUUCUCAACAGGCACCAGAAGACCCAGCAUCGCCAGGAGCCCCCUGUGCAGUGAAUGUAUCGUGGGCCGGCUCUGCCUCGGGGGUGACUUGCAUUGUACCGAGUGUCCUGGGCAGUGCCCAGUGAAGGACAACAGAAUGUGCUCAAGCAGGAGGAGGACAGAGCCUGGUGUAUGGAGAGCUUCCAGAGGGCCCACAGUUUCCUUCACCUGUUGUAGGGAAACACAAUCCUAAGUUUCAGGUUUUUUUGGGGGGAGGUUGUUGGGAACCUACCUCCUGAGCAAGUUCGGAAAAAUUUUAUUGCAUACUGGGAACUUGAAGCUCAUUUUUCUUUUCAUUUUGAGAUAAGGUCUCAUAUUAUUUAAGUUGGUCUCAGACUAGUUGUGUAGCUAAAGAUGAUCUUGAACUUCUGAUACUCCUCCCUCCAUCUUCCCAGUGCAGGGAUUAUUGGAAUGUGCCACCAAAGCUGGCUUAUGCUAUGUUGGAGAUGAAACCCAGGAUUUUGUGCAUGCUAGGUGGGGUACCCUACUGACUGAGGUAUGUGCCCAGCCUUGAAGCUCAAUUUUUAGAGAACUCUGUCUUGCCUGCGAGAUCUUUAGCUCAGGCCUGCCUUCCCUCUAUUUUUCAUUUGAAAAUAUUUAUUAAGCACCUACUGUGCUCCUGGCUCAGAGAAUGCCAUGGUGAUUGGGACCAGUGAAAUCUCGGAGCUUGUGAGCAAAGCCGGAGCAGUAGCUUGUAAGUAUCCCAAAACACGUGUUGCAAGUGCCACAUCAGAACCUUGGUACACUCCUGUGACGGCCUGUCCCUGUGUGAGGUCUCACAUGCCCUCCACCUCAGGUGGGGACUUCUCUCAUGCAGCCUUGUUUAUUUUGUUUAUUUAGCUUUCUUGGCAGCCUUAUUGUCGUGGACUAGAACGUUCUACCCUCAUCUGUAAAGUCUCCCCCUCCCACUACUCCUUGCACUGUAACCACAGCUACUAGGAAAUUAAUAUUUUGCUACUGAUCAUUGAAUAAACGUGAACAUAUUUUAAGACAAUUAGUAACUUCCCUGAAAAUACCUGAUGAAUUUCAUCUGAAAGACAAACUAGUAUUAAUGCCCUGUAUUUGAUGACACUUUCGUAUAUAUAAAACCUCAGUGAGAGUGAGGGGCGUGUGAAUGUGGUGUUGGCUAUUAAACCUAUAGCCUAACAUGCUAGGCAGCAUCAUGCCGCUAAGCUAUAUCCCCAGCUCUACCUCUCCCCUUUUUUAGAAGUUAAUUUUUUAUAUAAAUUGCUCAGGCUGGCCUUGGAAUUGUUUUGUGGCCCAUGCAAGCCUUGAACCCUCCAGCUCCACCCUCUGGAGUAGGUAGAAUUCCACAUCUGCUCCACCAGGCUGGCUGACCCCUUUGUUUUUAUCUCAUUCAUCCUGUGUUUAUUGAGGUCCUGCAGUGUGGUAGGAACGUUUCUGUAAGCUUAGGUUGCAUCAGUGAAUCAAACAGGGACUAUCCUUGAGCUUGAGCUGAAGAGAUGGCUCCAUGGAUAAGAAAGUUGCUACUCUGACAGAGGACCCAGGUUUGGUUCUGGCAGCUCACACCAGGCUGCAGCUGCCCCUCCAGGGGAUCCAGCACAUUGUUGUGGGCUUCUGUCUUCCAGCUUCUGUGGGUACUUGAUUCCCAUACACAGACCUCCCAUGAGUAUGAACAUAAUUAAAAAUAAAUCUUUACAGGCUGGAGAGAUUAUUUAGCCAUUAAGAGUGCAUAUUGCUCUUGCAAGGAGACUGGAGUUUGAUUCCCAGCACUCACAUUGAAUGGCUCAAUGCUUCCUGUAAUUCCAGCUCCUGGGGAUUGGACAACCUCUUCUGGUGUCUGCACACAAGUGCAUAGCCACAGACAGACACAUAUACAUGUAAAUAACAUGUUUUAAGAAAUCCCUGAGCUUGUAGGAUUCUCAACUUUGCAGAUGAACUAUAUCUUCAGAGCCUGUGGAUAGCCCAUGAAUCCUCUGGGUCUGAGGAUUUUUGUGUUCGUUGUGCUUUUAAGAUAAUGGUCUCAUUAUGUAGACCAGGCUGGUCUCCAACUCAGAGAAAUCUGGCUACCUUUGCUUCCUCAGUGCUGAGAUUCAGGAUGGGGUUUAACUUGGAGCUUCUUGCUCUGAGUUGCAUUUCCCACCCACCUUAUGAUCCUCUCCAGUCAUCUGGACUCUUGUCAUCUGACAUUUAGGAACAUGAAUACCAACUUCUAGUUUUAUUUCUAUUGCUGUGGUCAUAUAACCUGACCACCACCCAAAAAAAAAAAAAAAAAAAAAACUA